UUAAGAUAUGCUGACAAUUAACUAUUUAAUAUAGAAAUUACUCAUAUACUUGUUGAUAAAUACAACUUGAAGGUUUAAUAAAGUUAAUAAACUAACAUUUCCUAGUUGUAGAAACAUUAAUCUUAGUAUAUCUUCUAAUUUACUAGGUGAGUCGAUCUGAAAACUCAGAACUAACAAUGGGAUGAACCUUCACCGUUCCAUCCAUUGAGGUGUGGUUUGGUACUUUGGUUUGUAAAGUUAAUGUAUAGGCCCAUAAGCAGUGUACUGAUAAAAGCGUUUGGAUCCAAUUAAGUGUCUUUUAAAUUUUUAACUGGGUCAUGAGAGCCGUUAUGUUCAACGAUUGAAAAUCAAUAACCGCUAAUAACUGCCACAACUUCAAAUUUACAAACCAACAUAUAUAACUUGUUCAAACACAGACAACCUCAUACAAUCAAUUCAUUUGUCAAUCAAUCACACCCCUCUUGUAUGCCUGAGUUACACAAAAGAACGAGAAAAACCAGAAGCAAAAUGGAUCAAACUGAGCAAAGUGUUGGAAUCAGAGUCUACUCCUCCAGCCCUCAACAAAAUCUUGAUCCCACAGUAACCGUUGAUCCUUCUGCCAAUAAUGCUGGUGGCCGCAAACGCCGUAUAGUGGCCCAAGGCGUGCAGAACACCAUCUCGAAAACCUCGAUGCUUGUAAACUUCCUGCCAACAGGAACUUUACUCACUUAUGAAAUGGUCAUUCCUUCUAUUUACCAUAACGGUGAAUGCUCCUCUGUCACAACCAUGAUGAUUUACUUCUUGUUGGCGCUUUGCUCGCUUUCGUGCUUUUUCUUCCACUUUACAGACAGUUUCCGCGGUCCAGAUGGGAAAGUUUACUAUGGUAUUGUGACGCCUAAUGGUUUGUCCGUGUUUAAGCCUGGUUUGGAUGUUGAAGUGCCUAAAGAGGACAGGUACAAGGCCGGGGUUACGGACUUUGUGCAUGCCUUUCUCUCUGUCCUGGUGUUUGUGGCUAUAGCCUUUUCGGAUUAUAGGGUUACUAAUUGUGUGUUUCCAGGGCGUGAGAAGGAUAUGCAUGAAAUGAUGGAGAGUUUUCCGUUGAUGGUUGGAAUUAUUUGCAGCAGUUUGUUUCUUGUGUUUCCUAAUAGCCGAUCUGGUAUUGGAUGCAUGACUGCUUGACGUUGUCAUUAAAUAGUCAAGACAUCGUCUAUGAAAUUAUUAUUAAGGUUCAUAUGUACUUUCGUUAUCAUUUACAGUGGUAGGAUCAGUGUAUCGAUGUAAUGUUGAUGCUUAUUAAUAAGUCUAUGAUGUUUACCUGUUUCUGUAUUUCUAUCUGUCACUAGUUCCUGUUUACAGUUCUUCGUUAGAACUUCUGCGCUGAAAUCUGAAAUGUUAUACCGGCUAUUCAUAU